ACAUCUGCCAAUAACAGCAGAGGCUCCAGUCAAAUCUGUGCCGCUCAGGUUAAUGAUUGGCUGUUUAUCUCGUACUUAGUACUUGAGCGUGGAGUUUGGAGUCUGCCCUCCUCUCUGAUAAAACCUAAUAGGAGCUGCUUGGUCUUGCUUUGCCGUUCCUUUCCUUUUCUUUUUGCGUCUUCAGCCACUGACUCUGUCCUUGUGCCGGUUUUGAUCCAUCUGGCUGCAGAGAGAGGACACACACCAUGCUCACUCUUGUUGUGUUCUUGCUUUGUGCAGCCUCUUCAGUCUCAGCUUCUGCCAAAGGUGCUGCUGGACUCCGGCUGAACAACAACCAGCUGUACAAAUUCAGCUACAGCACAGAGGUGCUGCUGAACAAGGCCAAGGGGUCAAAAGAGGGCAGUGCUGGCUACAGGAUUUCAAGUGAUGUUGACAUCCACCUGGUGUGGAGAGACCCGAGCAGCAAGGAUGACCAGCUGAUACAGUUGGCGAUCUCAAACGUGAGGAUCGAGCCUGUGGCCCAUCGGGAGGCGAAGAAGAACGUCCUCCAUGGAUCGACGUCUGAAGGCGUGUUGGGGAAGAGAAACCUUGCUGCUCUGACAAAACCUUUCCUGGUGCAUCUUAGAAAUGGAAAGACAAAAGCAUUUUAUUCCUACUGGGCCGAACCUGCACCCAUCAAAAACAUGAAACGAGGACUGGCCAGUUUACUGCAACUGCAGCUCAACACGGGGAAGGUUAUCGAGAAUGACGUGUCUGGAAGGUGCAUAGUCGACUACAAGGCAGAAAAAGGUCAAGUGACAAGGGCCAAGAACCUGGAGUUGUGUAAGACUGCAGAGACUGGAUUCACCACGCACAAUCAGAUCUUGGGUGUGAACAGGAAAUCCAGGUCUGUUACGGUGUUCACACUUGAGGACGGUUUCAUCCGCUCAGUCGUGGCUGAAGAAUUUCACUCACUGGCAGUUGGCGUUCGCAGAUCUGUUGCAGCUAAAGUCGUGUCCAGGCAAACCCUCACAAAGACCGGCUCAGGAGCUGGACCACUGGAGGCUGCUGGGAAAGAUGUCUCUGAGGUUGUCAAGUCAAUUGACGGCAAACUGGCAGCUGUUGGUAUUGUGGCUCAGACGGCCAAAAACCAGUGCAAGGGUUGUCCAUCACUUUUUGAUCAUUGGCAGACUGAGAAGAAGCAGCUGGAGCCAGCGAGCCUGUCCAAAGCCACGGCUCCUCGCAGCUUCCUGGCCCUCAUCCAGAGCAUUAGGAAGGCGUCCAAGGACGAGAUCCUCAAAGUGCUGAAGAGUGCCAGCAAGACCUCUCUACCUCAGGCGGUGGAUGCUGUGACCUCCUCCCAGACCACGGCAUCUCUGGAUGCCAUGCUCGAAUUCCUUAACUUCACAGACGCCACAGGUUUUGUCCUGCAGGAGAGGUUUCUGUACGCGUGUGGCUUUGCUUCACACCCCAAUGAGCAAAUGCUACAGGCUCUGCUGGGCAUUUCUAAGGGAAAGAUUGGCAGCAAUGACAUCAGGGAGACUGUGGUGAUCAUUAUGGGAGCCCUGGUCCACAAACUGUGUCAGAAAGGAGGCUGCAACCUGCCGACAGUGGUGAAGGUGAAGAAGAUGAUUUUGGAAGGCCCUGACAGCACAAAGGUUGAGUCCGAGGUCCAGAUGUACCUUCUGGCUCUGAAAAACUCACUGCUCCCCGAGGCCAUUCCCAUUCUCACCAAAUAUGCAGAGUCAGAGGUUGGAGCUUACAGCACCAUCGCCCUCACGUCCCUGCAGAGAUAUGACGUCAAACUCAUGACAGACGAGGUCAAACAGACCGUGAACAGAGUUUACCACCAGAACCGACGGAUCUACGAAAAGAGUGUGAGAGUGGCUGCUGCCGACGUCAUCCUCAGUAGCAACCCCUCGUACACCGAGGUCAAGAAUCUGCUCCUGUCCAUUGGAAACCUGCCCCAUGAAAUGAACAAGUACAUGAUGUCAAAGAUCCAGGACAUCCUGCGCUUUGAGUUGCCUGCCAGCCAAGUCAUCCGCCAAGCUAUGAAGGACAUGGUUUCCCACAACUACGACCGUUUUGCAAAAGUCGGGUCAUCAUCUGCAUACUCAGGAUUCAUGGCUCAAUCUGCUGAUGUCACCUCCACGUACAGUUUGGACAUCCUGUAUUCAGGCUCCGGCAUCCUGAGGAGAAGCAACAUGAAUAUUUAUGGUGCUAGUAAAGGAGCAUUACUGCAUGGACUACAGGUGGCGAUCGAGGCUCAGGGUAUGGAGUCACUGAUUGCUGCAACUGCCGACGAGGGCGAGGAAGAACUGGAGUCGUUUGCCGGGAUGUCGGCUUUACUGUUCAACGUGCAGCUGAGGCCUGUCACCUUCUUCAGGGGUUACAGUGACCUCAUGUCCAAAAUGUUCUCCAUGAGUGGGGAGCCCAUAAAUGUAGUGAAGGGCCUCAUCCUGCUGACCGAUCACUCUGAGGUCAUCCAGCUGCAGUCCGGUCUGAGGGCAAAUGCAGAGUUUCAAGGCGGGUUAGCCAUUGAUAUCUCCGGAGGCAUGGAGGUCAGUCUGUGGUACAGAGAGUCCAAGACCAGCGUCAACAACAGAGGAGCCCUGGUGGUCACUGGCAACGUUACUGUGGACAUGGACUUCAUGCGAGCAGGUGUGGAGGUCAGCUUUGAAACAGAAGUCGGCCUGGAUUUCGUCACCACUGUCCAGUUCUCUGAUUAUCCCUUCUUGGUUUGCAUGCAGAUGGACAAAACUACGUUCCCCUACAGUGAACACUUGAGCAAAUAUGAAAGCCUGUCAUCGGGGAAGAACGUCGUACAGCGUAAGAGCAAGAAGACGCACGUCUCUGGCUCUGAAUUCCCUCUUCACCAGGAGAACUCAAACAUGUGCAAGAAGGUUUUUGACUCCAGCUGGUAGAGAGGCCAUGAACUGUUCAAGGGGGCGAACGCAUCCAGAAAGCUGUCACAUGGCAGCUGAAUACAGAACAUUGGUGAAUGUUUAUUUUUUUUUUGUUUACAUUCCUGUGAGUAUUUAAGUAAUUUUAAUCUGGAAUUCUCAUCUCACUCAUUGUCUUUUUAUGGAUUUCUUUUCAAAUGUAUUUAUGACAGGCACAUACAGGAUGUAUGUUUUACUUGAUGUGUAAUACUCAGCAGAGUAAUCUAAAGUAAUUUAGCCCAGUGCAGUUACAGUACAGGCGUACACCACAUGUAAAUAUCACACAGGGGAUAAUGGAUUAACUCAGGGUUUCUCAAACCUGGUUCUGGUGACCCACCGCCCGUUUCCUCUGGCUAGAACACACCUGAUUCAAAUGAUCAGCUCAUCAGCGAGCACUGCAGAAGCCUGAUCACGACCCAUGUAUUUGAAUCAGGUGUGUUGGAGCAGGGAAACAUCUAAAACAUGCAGGGCAGUGGGUCGCCAGGACUAGGAUUGAGGAAAAACCUGGAUUAGUUUACCUAUGAACAGAAAUGUCACUGUAUCCAUCCAUUAAUCCAUCCACUCAUCCAUCAAUUAAUCUGGGGUCAGGUCAUGUGGUUAUUUGUCUGUCUAUCAAAGUGAAUCCAUCAACACUUGAACAUAUUUUUUGUACAUUGCUGUAAUUGCUGAACUUGUGUUUCCAUAUUCAGGGAUCAUUGUAUUAGAAUUGGAAAUGAUAGUCAAUAAAUAUGCACUGGAAACACUCGAGAAAAAAA